CUUUUUUUCUCUCCUCCUCCACGGUCGAUUAGACAGAGACAAUAAGCCAAUUUCAAAUUGCGAAUAUGUCUAUGAUCACGGCGACUACAUGGGUGCCGCGGGGUUUUGCGGCACCUUUCCCGACGAAAUAUGUAUUCGACGAGGGAGAAUAUGAGCGCAUCGCGCAGUUGGCAAAGCUGCAGCUCGACGACGCAAAGGAGGAGCUCGAAGAGGCAAAGGAAGACAAGAAGUCGAAGGGCAAAUCGAGUGGUGUUUCCGGUGGUUCAUCUAAAGAGAAAGACACAGAAGAAAUCGAUGACGACCUGAAAGAGUACGAUUUGGAGCACUACGACGAUGACGAUGAGGGCGGUGACACCAUGGCCAUGUUCGGAAACGUCAAGAACCUGAUCUACCACGACGGCAACGACGAAGACGACGACGGUUACAUCGCCAUGGAUGGGCCGGAUGCUCAGGAAGAGGAGGACGAGGAAGAGCGCGAGGAGCUUCAGAUUCUGGCAACGGACAACCUGGUGCUAGCCGGACGGAUAGAAGACGAAGUGGCACACUUGGAGGUAUACGUCUACGAAGACGAGGCGGACAAUCUCUACGUUCAUCACGACAUCAUGCUUCCAGCCAUUCCCCUCGCCGUGGAGUGGCUAGACGUACCCGUCGGAAAGACGAGCGGGGACAGCGAUGCGAGAGGCAACUUCGUGGCCGUCGGCACAAUGGACCCAGACAUUGAGAUCUGGAACCUGGACGUCGUGGACAGCAUGUAUCCGGACGCGGUGCUGGGUCAGGGCGCCGAGGACGCCGAGGACGCCGAGAAGAAGAAAAAGAAGAAGAAGAAGUCGAAGAAGGUCAACGACAACUUCCACGUCGACGCCGUGCUCUCCCUCGCCUCCAACCGCCACCACCGAAACCUCCUCGCCUCCGCAUCCGCAGACCAGACCAUCAAGCUCUGGGACCUCAACACCACCAAGUGCGCCAAAUCCUACGCAUACCACACAGACAAGGUCUCUUCCGUUGCCUGGAACCCAGUCGAGUCGACCGUCCUCCUCAGCGGCAGCUACGACAGGACGGUCGUCGCCGCCGACAUGCGAGCUCCCGAUGCGAAGGCACCUCGCUGGGGCGUCGAGAGCGACAUCGAAGCCAUCCGAUGGGAUCCCCACGACUCAAACUACUUCUACGUCUCAACCGAAAACGGCAUAAUCCACUACCACGACGCGCGCAACGCGCCCUCGACCCCCUCUUCAACCAAACCCGUCUGGAUCCUGCAAGCCCACGACGAGUCCAUCUCGUCCUUCGACAUCAACCCCGUGAUCCCAGGCUUCAUCGCGACCGGCUCGACCGACAAGCAGACGAAGCUGUGGAACGUGCAGGCGAGCGGGCCCAGCAUGGUGGUGUCGCGGGACCUGGGCGUGGGGAAGGUGUUCUCGACGACGUUCGCGCCGGACAAGGAGGUCGGGUUCAGGCUUGCGGUCGCGGGCAGCAAGGGCGCAGUGCAGAUUUGGGAUACGAGUACGAAUGCGGCGGUGCGCGCGGCGUUCGCGAGUAAGGUGCCGAAGAUGAAGGAGGGUGCGAAGGAGAGGCUCGUCGGGCUCGAGGAGGAGGAUACGGACUCGGAUUCUGAGGAGGGGGAGGAGGAUGAGGAGGAGGCGGCGAGGGAUCACGAUGGGUGGGAGUCUAUGGAGGAGUAAUGGACACGGAAAGGCACGAAAAUUGAAUUUGAAGAAAGGCGAAGGAGGGAUCAAAUGACGAACAAAAAGAAAACGCAACCCCCGAGUCUUUUGGGUCGUUGGUGUUUUUCGUUUUGAAUAGAAGAUAACACAUGAGACACAAAAAAGAAUCC